AUGAGGGUCGCGGCUCUGAUCAGUGGUGGAAAGGACAGCUGUUACAAUAUGAUGCAGUGUGUUGCUGCUGGGCAUCAGAUUGUUGCUUUAGCAAAUCUAAGACCGGCUGAAAAUGAAGAGGGGUCUGAUGAACUGGAUAGCUACAUGUAUCAGACAGUGGGUCAUCAUGCCAUUGACUUGUAUGCAGAAGCAAUGGCUCUUCCCCUCUAUCGCCGAACCAUAAGAGGAAGAAGCUUGGAUACAGGACAAGUAUAUACCAAAUGUGAAGGUGAUGAAGUUGAAGAUCUCUAUGAGCUUUUGAAACUUGUUAAGGAGAAAGAAGAAGUAGAAGGCAUAUCAGUAGGUGCUAUACUUUCUGACUAUCAGCGAAUUCGAGUAGAAAAUGUGUGUAAAAGGCUUAAUCUCCAGCCUUUAGCUUACCUUUGGCAGAGAAACCAGGAAGAUUUACUGCAAGAGAUGAUAUCAUCUAACAUUCAAGCGAUUAUUAUCAAAGUAGCAGCUUUGGGUUUAGAUCCAGAUAAACAUCUUGGGAAAACCCUGGAUCAAAUGGAACCUUAUCUUUUAGAGCUUUCUAAGAAGUAUGGAGUCCAUGUUUGUGGAGAAGGUGGAGAAUAUGAAACAUUCACUUUGGAUUGCCCUCUGUUUAAGAAGAAAAUAAUUGUGGAUUCAUCCGAAGUAGUCAUACAUUCAGCUGAUGCAUUUGCACCUGUGGCUUAUCUACGCUUUUUAGAAUUGCACUUGGAGGACAAGGUGUCCCCAGUGCCUGACAACUACAGAACAUCUAAUUAUAUACAUAAUUCUUGAAAAGCAUUUUUUACCUUGUUCACUGAGCUGCCAUUUCUAUACAAAGUAAUUACACAGUGUUUUCUCAAUUAUUAUGAUCAGUUUUUUUCUCAUUACCUUUUUUUUUUACAUUUCAUAGAAAAACAUACCUUAAUCAGAAGAAGUUAAUGGAACCAUUUAUUAAUUGGGAAGAUGUCAAUGGGCUAUACAUUAUUACUGCCAACUUCCACAUAAUUCACUUUCUCUUUUGUUAACAAAUCCUCCCAAUGACCCGUAUGUUUUAUGUGCCUCUUAUUUUUCCUUUUUCUUCACCUAUAAUCCUCAUUCUGUAACAUUUGUUUUCUCUUAUCAUACUAGUUUCUUUCCCUCCUUCUCUCCUUCUUGUUGCCAUCUCUGCUAAAAAUGUCAUGAUGCAGAGGCAUUUGAAAAUACCGAUGAAAGAAAGGAUGGUCACUUUAUUUAUCGAGUCAGACUUAUUCUACUGGAUGUCACCAAAGUGACUUAUCAUUUGGGUUUUGGAUGUAUUAAUGGUUCAAGAGUUUCAACGUUAUUGUAUGAUAAAGAAAAAUGUCAUUAACUCGUGCUCAUUUUAUAACUGUUGUAAACAUGUAAUUUUAAAGUAUUACUUGUGUUGACCUUAGACAAAUUUUUAUUUUUAAAAAUGCUUUAUUUUUUAGGACAGUUAUAGGUUCAAAAUAGAGCAGGAAGUACAGAGUUCUAUCUACCCUCUGCCUUCACACUUCUUCCCCAACUAUCAACAUCCAGAAUGGUGCGUUUGUUGAACCUACAGGGACCAUUAUAAUCCUAAGUCCAUCGUUUACUUUAGAGUUUACUUUUGAUGUUGUACAUUAUAUGGGUUUUGACAAAUGCACAGUAGUAUGUAUCCACUAUUACUGUAUUAUUCAGAAUAGUUUCAUUCCCUUAAAAAUUCUUUGUGUUCACCUAUUCCUUCUUCCCUGUCUUCUAACCCCUGGUAACCACUGAUCUUUUGACUGUGUUCAUAGUUUUGCUUUUUCCAGAAAGUUAUGCAGUUGAGAUGGUGCAGUAUGUAGCCUUUUUAGAUUGGCUUGUUUUACUCAUUACUCUGCAUUUUGGUUUCCCCAUUUCUUUUCAUGGAUUGGUAGCUCAUUUCUUUUUGGUGCUGAAUAAUAUCCAUUGUUUAAACAAAUCCAUUUAUCCAGGCACCUACUAAAAGACAUCUUGGUUCCUUCCACAUUUGGGGAGUUAAGAAUAAAGCUUCUAUAAACAGCCAUGUGCAGGUUAUUUGUGAACAUAAGUUUUUGGUUCAUUUGUGUAAGUACCAAGGAGCACAAUUACUGGAUCAUAUGGUAAGAGAAUGUUAACAUUUUAAACUGCCUAUUAUCUGUCUUCCAUAGUAGCUGUACUAUUUUGUUUUCCUACCAGCAAUGAAUGAGUUUCUAUUGUUCCACAACCUCAACAACAUUGAGUGUUGUAAGAGUAGGUUUGAAAUUUUAUCUCAUUGUGUUAGUUUGUAAUUCCCUAAACGCAUACAAUGUUGAGCAUCUUUUAAUUUUUUUCUUUGCCAUCUUUGUAUCUUUUGUGAGGUUCUCUUGCAGGUCUUGUGCCCAUUUGUAAUCGGGUUAUUUGCUUUCUUAUUACUAAGAUUCUUAAGAGUUCUUUGUAUAUGUUGGAUAACAGGUCUUUAUC